UAAUAUUAAAUGUGAUUUGGCUGAAUAGAAAGUGUUGUGCAUGUACCUGGCAUUUGGGGCUAUGUUAUCCUGAUUUUAAAUAUAAUCCUGCCAGGAGUAGGAACUAUCAUAACAUCGUUUAUGGCGAGAACAGGGUUUGCAAAGUUCCAGUUCGUCUGAGGAGUCUUCCAGUUGCUCCUUGCUAUAACUUUGAUAGGAUGGUUAUGGUCUGUCUGGUGGGGCUGACUCAUAAUCAGCAAGAAUGAUGAAGAAGAUGAUGAUAGACUUGAAAGGAUUUUAUAAGCUCUUUUUGUAAGACUGAUCCUAUACAGAAUGAUCCUCAUAGUAUUAAUAAAUAAGAAAAGAACAGGUUUUAAAUUAUUGGUAGCAGAGCUUAUCAUAGUGUUAUCAAC